CGAUCCCUAGCGCGCUGCAGGGAUUCUGCAACAUAACUUGCCGAACUGUUUGUUUGAUCAAUCGGUGAGUUGAUCGGAGAGUGCUUUAGAGCAGCUGAGCUUGAAGCUAUGCCCACCAACGAGGGUUUCUCGGGUGUUUCAAAUUGCUAUGUAUUCAAGAGCCGGUUACAAGAAUAUGCGCAAAAAGUUGGAUAUCCAACACCUGUAUAUGAGACUACCAAAGAAGGCCCUUCUCAUGAACCUUACUUCAGAUCAAUAGUGAUCAUAAAUGAUGUUAGAUAUGAAUCCUUACCAGGAUUUUUCAAUCGUAAGGCAGCAGAACAGUCAGCUGCUGAGGUUGCUCUCUUGGAGUUAGCCAAGACCGGUGAAGUUAAUGAGUCGAUUGCUGUACCUAUACAUGAAACAGGUUUAUGCAAAAAUUUACUCCAGGAGUAUGCUCAAAAGAUGAACUUUGCAAUUCCAAUAUAUCAGUGCCAAAAGGUUGAAGUACCAGGCCGUGUGCAGCAGUUCUCAUGUACGGUUGAGAUUGGAGGCAUUAGGUAUAUUGGAGCUGCAGCAAAAACCAAAAAAGAAGCAGAGCUCAAAGCUGCCAGAACCGCUUUAUUGGCUAUUAAGUCAAGUACCCCUGAAUCAUCUGAUAAAUCAGUCGCCAAUCCUCAGUUGACUGUAAUUCCUAUCAGAAAGAGGACAGCUGAGACUGCUAAUAAUCCUGAGGAGACCACAAAUGUUCCAAAGCCAAAGAAAGCUCGAUUCAAGAAGAAAAUGUUUAAAAAGAAACGCUCUGGAGACAACAUAGACCGUUCCCAGGACAAAGAUUCAGGCAACCCAGAUGUUCAGGCAGAAUCAGUAUUGAAUCCAGCUGAUUCAUCUGGAGUUGAAGCAGUGGAUUUUGUGCCUAUGGCUUCUGUAGAAGAACUCGAGAGAGAACCGCCUUCUGCAAAAGGUGCAUCUUCCCCCCAAGCUCCUUGUAACUCUAGCAACGAGCAUUUAACAAAUGCAAAUGCUAAUGAAAGCAACCAUGAGGCUUCUAAUGUGGGAAAAUCAUUUGUGGUUGACAGAGAUUUAACUAGUUUGGUUAAAGUGACUGGAAUCAGCGAGAUGCCUUCAAUUGUUAACGAUUUUGGUCAGAUAGAGACUUCAAGCUAGUGUAGGCCAAUCCUAAGCCUUAGGAGAAGUAGAUUGUGCCUUAUAUCACUGGUUUUUGGUUUUGUAGUUAGGAAAAUGGAGUUGGAGUGAGCCAAUGAAGUCUCUGAAUAUUCUUCAUAGGCAUUUUGAAAAUCUUAUAUUAUAAAUAUCUGUUUCAGUUCAAUGGUUUCUAUCGGAUGUGGUUAUGGCCUCACAGCCAAUUGUUAUGAUCACA